AAACCUAGCUGGGCUAACCAGAGAUUCAGGAUAAUCCUGAGAAACAGUUUGGCCGCUGAGGUAGAAUAACAAACAAAUAACACGUAAUUCCUUUAAAAAGACAAACCGCCGACGGACCGGUGUUGUCACUACGUUUGUUCACAAGUUAAACCAUGUCCACCCCGGCCAGAAGGAGACUUAUGAGAGACUUUAAACGAUUACAAGAGGAUCCUCCAGCUGGUGUUAGUGGUGCUCCAUCUGAAAACAACAUCAUGGCGUGGAAUGCAGUCAUUUUUGGCCCUGAAGGAACUCCCUUUGAGGAUGGUACAUUUAAACUAAUUGUAGAGUUCACGGAAGAAUACCCCAACAAACCCCCCACAGUACGAUUUGUGUCAAAGAUGUUUCAUCCAAAUGUCUAUGCAGAUGGAAGUAUAUGUUUGGACAUCCUACAGAAUCGUUGGAGUCCCACCUAUGAUGUAUCUUCUAUUCUUACAUCUAUCCAGUGUUUAUCUUCUCAUCCUCAGUCUCUGCUUGAUGAACCAAAUCCCAACAGUCCGGCCAACAGCCAGGCAGCUCAGCUCUACCAAGAGAACAAGCGGGAGUACGAGAAGCGUGUGUCUGCCAUUGUAGAACAAAGCUGGAGAGACAGUUGACCUGACAAUCCUGAUAGUGGCUCUCUCCAUUGUAAAGCUGUGUGUGCUACAAUUUUUAGUGGAGUACCUCUUAAUUUCUGGUCCCCUCAAUCUUUUUGAUUUAAAGCUUUUAUGCACUUUACCUUCAACCUCCCUUCAUAGAAUGUUUUUUCGUUUUCUUAUCCACCAGGAGGGAUUUAUUUUUUCUAUUCUCUCCCCCUUUUCUAGUCCAUCAGGGGAAAUGUGCUGAAUCUUGCCUUGAUGUUUUGUCAAUAUGGACUUGUGAGCCUUUACCCAAAAAUUCUGGUGCGUUCUAACAUGCUGUAGUAACUUGUGACUAAUUAUGUGAAACAUCUCAGAGGGUGUCAUCAGUUGAGUCGUCUUUUGUUGUGCCCCUGAUCUGUUUGUGUUCACAAGGCUCCAGUGAGAUCCCCCCCCCCCCACCUUUCCUCGGGAGAACGAGCAGCCUGAGUGUUUUACGGACUAUGACGAAAUCAGACAUCUUAAUACCGUGUAUUUUGCUGUGUUGUGAACUCUGUUACAUGCAUGACAGUAAGAGUGUAUUCACGUUCCUGUUCAGUACUCAUGUAUAUAAGGAAACCUGCAACUGAAUUUAUGUACAGAUUUUGCACUGGUUGUCUCCCAUGUCAUUUUUUUCAGCACUUGUAAAUAAAAAGGCAAUUUCAUCCUUA